CAUACCCAUAUACUCUAUAUAUGUAUCACACUGUCUCUAACUUUUUGCUGCAUAUAAUCAUAUCACUCCUUCACUCCCAAUUUCAUCCAUCCCACAAAUUUCCGCUGUUUUCCACUGUCAGAAACUGCAGAUGGGUCGGCGUCCUAAUCUCAUUCUUGUCUGUUCACUUUCUCUAAGUCUCUGUCUUUAUCCCUACUUCACUUGCGCUCAGCUCAGUCCACACCACUACUCAAAAAUCUGUCCUAAUCUGGAGAAGAUCGUUAGAGAAGCAGUUCGAAAGAAGUUUCACCAGACAUUCGUCACUGCCCCCGCCACCAUUCGUCUCUUCUUCCAUGACUGCUUCGUCCAUGGAUGCGACGCUUCGAUUCUGGUAGCAUCCACGAAGAACAACAAAGCAGAGAAGGAUCACCCGGAUAAUCUGUCACUGGCCGGAGAUGGGUUCGACACGGUGAUCAAAGCAAAAGCUGCGGUGGAUGCUGUUCCUCAGUGCAGAAACAAAGUGUCGUGUGCCGAUAUUCUGGCUCUCGCCACUCGUGAGGCUGUCGUACUGGCUGGAGGACCGUUCUAUGUGGUUGAACUGGGGAGGUACGAUGGGUUGGAGUCGAAGGCGUCGAGUGUGAAUGGGAGGCUGCCUCGCCCUGAUUUCAACUUGAAUCAGCUCAAUUCUCUGUUUGCUUCCAACGGCCUCACCCAGACGGAGAUGAUUGCCCUCUCAGGAGCACACACCCUAGGAUUCUCGCACUGCAGCAGAUUCGCGAACAGGAUAUACCAUUACAGCCGUAAGAUGCCGGUGGACCCCACGCUAGACGCGAGAUACGCGGCGGAUCUGAGGUCGAUGUGCCCGAGGAACGUGGAUCCAAGGAUAGCCAUCACCAUGGACCCGGCCACACCUCAGGCCUUCGACCACCAGUACUACAAGAAUCUGCAGCAAGGGAAGGGCCUGUUCACCUCGGACCAGGUCCUGUUUACCGACCCGAGGUCCAGACCCGCCGUUAAUGCCUUCGCCAGCAGCGCCCACACUUUCCAGCAAAAUUUCAUCGCCGCCAUCACCAAGUUGGGCCGGGUCGGUAUCAAGAACGCCCGCAAUGGAAAUAUUCGCACCGAUUGCUCCGUACUUCACCGUUGAUGCCUUGUCUGUUAUUAUUAUUAAUAUUAUUAAAGUUUUAUUUGGAUAUUAAUAAGAGAAUGGUUUCAUGUUGUACAUGCGAAUUUACCAUGAAUUCAGGAGUGGGGCUGGCUAUGAAUGCUUACACCAAGUUACAUCUACUGUAUCCAUUGUCAUGGUCUUUAGUGCAAGACCAGUCAAGAAGAUUAAUAAAAUAUUUGUGAUUAAUUUUCAAUU